AUGGCCACCCUCGACUCCCUAAAGCAGGCCCUUAGGGAGAAAGCCAAGGCAACGGCGUCGUCCCCGAAGCAACCGUUGUCCGCGACACAGUACAGCGCCGGCUUCAAUAUCUUGAUGCGGGGCUCAGGAUGGAUAACGUACCAAGACUUUAUUAUCCCUCAACUAUCUCAGCUGCUAGCCCUUCUCUUUAACUCGCGUAUUCAUAUCUCGGCACUAGAAAUCGGACCCGGCCCGAAGAGCAUACUUGGAUAUCUUCCCGGCCGUCUGAAACGGAAGGUCAGGAAAUACACUGCAUUCGAGCCUAACGGCUUGUUUGCUACAAGGUUAGAAGAAUGGCUUUACUCUACCUCCGAGACAGAGUCCCCGCUGCCCUGUCUAGAAAACCCCCCCAACAUCCAUCGAAUUCCAUUCGUUCUGCAGAACAUAGGGAGCGGUACUAGUACCGGUACGGGGAAUAACGACGAAAAGUACGACAUCAUCCUAUUCUGCCACAGCAUGUACGGCAUGAAGCCCAAACACAGGUUCAUCGAACGGGCGCUGGAAAUGCUUGUUGAGCGGCCACAAGGCGGAAUAGUGGCGGUUUUCCAUCGCGACGCCUUGCACCUCGACGGCUUGGUGUGCCAUCGAACGGCUUCUUUCCCUACUGGAGUCGUUAGCGUGGCAGAUGACGAUGAAGUACUGGACUGUUUUGCUCCUUUCGUCGCGGGGUUUAUUAUGCAGGCUGUGGACGUGGACAAGGCUAUCCGAGUGAAGUGGCGUAAGGUGUGCCGCGCCUUGGGCCGUCGUGAGGAAACCCACCCAGACCAUCUCUUGUUUAGCUCACCCAACGUUAUGGCGGCUUUUACCCAACAUGCAAUCACGUUGCCGGAGCUGAUGGCGCAGGUGCCAUUGGCAAAGGGGGACAAGAUUGUUAAAAACCGCGAGGCUCGCCUCCACCGUCCCGCCUCGAUUAUUAGGCCAACAAAGGUCCGACACGUCCAACAGUGCGUUCGAUGGGCUCUGAAGCACGGGGUCGGCCUGACUGUCGUCGGCGGGGGUCACAGCGGCCACUGUCUCUGGCCCAACGUCAUCUCGGUGGACAUGGGCGCCUUUGACCAAGUACACAUUCUCACGGCCGGGGAGGAGGAUGAAAGAAAAUCCGAUUCCAAUUCCAGUUCCUUGGUCGUCGCCGAGGGUGGCUGCAAGACAGGGGAUAUCGUCACCAAGACCAUGGCGGCGGGCUUGACAGUGCCCUUGGGGGCCCGCCCAAGCGUAGGCGCGGGGCUGUGGCUACAAGGCGGCAUAGGGCACCUGGCUCGGCUGCACGGAUUCGCGUGCGACGCCAUUGUCGGUGCCGUUGUGAUCAGCGUCGACUCUGGCCAGGUCUUCUGCGUCGGCUGUGUACCAAGUCAACACUGGCCAGUCGGUGCUGUACGCCCGGAAAACGAAACCGAUCUGUUAUGGGCGAUGAAAGGCGCUGGGACCAACUUUGGCAUCGUAAUUAGCAUUACUUUCAAAGCUUACGCGGCUCCGACCUAUUCCAUUCGAAACUGGGUUGUCCCGCUAAGCGACAGCCUCGAAGCGCAGCUCAAGCUGAGCGAUUUUGAUGAACUCGUCGCGAGCAAGCUUUCCCGGAACUUUUCUGCAGACGCGUAUCUAUACUGGGACAACGACCAGCUGCAUCUUGGCGUGGCUAUGUUCGAAUCUUCCACGUCUAGGCAAACCUUUGAGACGCCCACGCCCACGCCCACACCUAUAGGUACGGUUUUGGGGCUGGAAGACAAUUUCAAAGUUGUGGAUAGCGUCGGUUUGUUCGACACCGAGAUGUACAUGUCCGGGAUGUAUGGCGAGAACGGCGGGGGCAAGACCUCCUCGUUCAAGCGAUGUUUAUUCUUAAAACGCAUCGGAGCAGUGAACGUCGCCGAUAUCUUGGUGGCGGCCGUUGGGACUCGUCCCUCGCCCCUCUGCUAUCUCCAUCUGCUGCAAGGUGGUGGAGCGGUUGGCGACGUGGCAGCCGAUGCUACUGCUUUCGGCUGUCGAGACUGGGACUUUGCCUGCGUAGUAACUGGUGUCUGGCCCCGCGACCAAGAUGGAACCGAAGCCGCUCGAACUGCCGUGCAGUGGGUUUACAAUGUCGCUGGGGACUUGUUGCCCUUGAGUAGCGGAGCUUACGGCGCCGACCUCGGGCCGGACCCCAGAGACGCGGCGCUGGCGGCCGAGGCUUUUGGACCAAACCGGCCGCGCCUGGCCCGUCUCAAACACAGCUUGGACCCGCACAAUGUGCUGGCUUACGCCUGCCCGCUCCUGAAAGCGCCAAUGGAACAGAAGCUUAUCAUUCUUAUCACUGGCGAAAGCUGCGCCGGCAAAGACUAUUGCGCCGACGUCUGGGUCUCCGUGUUCACUAGAUGCACCCGCAAGAGCCUCACGGCAAGGGCCGUCAGUAUUAGCGAGGCGACUAAGCGAGAAUACGCGGCGGCUACAGAUGCCGACCUGAACCGCCUGCUUUGGGACCGUGCCUACAAGGAGCAACACCGGCCAGCGUUGACGACAUUUUUCCAGGGCCAAGCUCGGCAACGAUCUCGGCUGCCAGAGGAGCAUUUUCUGAAUGUAGUGUAUAGCGCCGCAGAUGUGGACGUGCUGCUAAUCACCGGGAUGAGAGACGAGGCGCCGGUCGCAGCCUUGUCGCAUUUAGUGCCAGAUAGCAGACUGCUCGAGAUUCGCGUCAAAGCUAGCGAAGAGACGCGGCAGGUUCGCCGAGGGUGCUACGGUAGUAAUAAUAAUAGUGACAACAAGGAUAGCAACAAUAGCGGGUCGAAUUUGACGGCCUUAGACUACCGCCCUAGCCUCAUCUUCGACAAUGACACGACCGGAAACGAGGCGGUAAAAAGGUUUGCCGAACAUUACCUGCUUCACUUCGUCCACGAGGACCUGCAGCGACUGGCCCAUAUAGUGCGCCAGGUACCCAACUUCCCAUGUCCGGGCAUCGAUUUCCGCCACGUGCUCGGCAUCUCCCAGCAGCCGGGUGGACUGGCCCUGUGUACGUCUCUGCUGCAAACCCACUUCACUGGUGACUGGGCCAAAGUCGAUGCGGUGGCGUGUUGCGAGGCGGGCGGCUUUGUCUAUGCGUCGGCGCUGGCCUCGCGGGUCAAUGUGCCCUUGGUACUGAUCCGCGAAGCUGGCAAGCUCCCCCCACCCACCGUUUCUGUUAUCAAGCUCUCGUCGCAUAUCUCGUCUUUGGCAUCCAACAAUUCGAAAGAAAAGCGGAUCGAGAUGGAGCGGGAUGUGGUCUCCAGGGGCUCCUCAGUAGUGGUGGUGGACGAUGUGCUUUCCACGGGGGAGACUCUUUGUGCGGUGCUACAGUUAUUAGAUGAAGCUGGCAUUAGCGCCGAGGAUGUCAGUAUCAUAGUCGUGGCCGAGUUCCCGGUUCAACGUGGCCGAGACCUGUUGCGCCAGCGUGGGUUUGGCAGAAUCAAUAUUCAAAGCCUUUUGAUGUUUGGCGGUGCUUAG